AUGACAACAAAGAAAAAAUUAAAAUCCUUAAAAAAAUUAGACAUUGAGUAUCCUACAGAAGAGGCCGAAAUGCAGCGAAUCAUAAAAGAAGCGUAUGAAGAUGGUAAUACUAUUGUUAGAGUCAUUGGAUCUGGACAUUCUGUUCCUGAAGCAAUUCUUGAUGUUUCAGAUAUUAAAGCUGGGAAAAAGAAGGUAAUUUCAAUUAAAAAAAAAAUUGAAAUUGAUUCUGAAAACCAUACUGCAACUGUUAAAGCUGGUACACAUCUUAAUCGGGAUCCAGAAGACGUUGAAAAUUCUACACUUCAGAAUAGUUUUAAUUAUAUUAUAGAUCAAGCAGGAUAUGCUCUUCCUGAUCUUGGCGGUAUUGCUCACCAAACUGUUGGUGGUUUUAUCUCAACAGGUUCAUCGGGUGGUUCUAUAAUCCAUAAUGUUCAUGAUUCAAUCAUUAAACUCCGUAUUAUUGAUGGCAAAGGAGAUAUUCAUAACCUUUCAAUUGACGAUGCUGAUAACUCCAAGUUUCUUGCUGCAGGUGUUUCUCUAG